GUGCAGACGUGGCAGAAGGAGGGGCCCGGCUCUACAGCGUGGGGGCGGAACUUCCGGGGAAGUGCGACGGCUCCCUCGGAACCGGAAGUGGAGCCUGUGGGAUCCUUGACGUUAGGAACGAAGUCGAACCUGGAUCUGGAGCCGGGGUGAGUUCAAAUCGGGGAUGCUUUCAUAAUGAAUGUUAACCAGUCAGUUCCACCAGUGCCGCCAUUUGGGCAGCCCCAGCCUGUCUACCCAGGGUAUCAUCAGUCCAGCUAUGGUGGGCAGCCAGGGCCCACAGUCCCUCCUGUUCCCUAUGGAGCCUAUAAUGGACCUGUAUCCAGCUAUCAGCAAACACCUCCCCAAGGUGUGUCAAGAGCCCCACCUUCCUCAGGGGUACCUCCAGCCUCAACAGCACAGACUGCAUAUACCCAGUUUGGCCAAGGAGAUGUACAGAAUGGACCAAGUUCCAGUGUUCAGAUGCAAAGGCUCCCUGGGUCUCAGCCAUUCGGGUCCCCGUUGGUCCCUGCGGUCAGCCAGCCAGCUGUGCUUCAGUCCUAUGGCCCUCCCCCGACGAGUGCGCAGGUGACUGCCCAGCUAGCUGGAAUGCAGAUCAGUGGUGCUGUGGCCCCAGCCUCACCCCCUUCAGGGCUGGGCUAUGGACCUCCCACAUCUCUGGCCUCAGCCUCAGGAAGCUUCCCUAACUCUGGUCUGUAUGGCUCCUAUCCUCAGGGCCAGGCACCUCCCCUUGGCCAAGGUCAUCCUGGGGUGCAUCCUCCCCAGCGCUCUGCCGUACCGCUGGCCUCCAGCUUCACGCCCCCAGCCUCAGGGGGCCCUCGAAUGCCUUCAAUGACCGGUCCACCCCUGCCUGGACAGGGUUUUGGGGGGCCUCCAGUGAGCCAGCCCAACCAUGUGUCCUCACCACCUCCUCAAGCUUUGCCCCCUGGCGCUCAGAUGACUGGGCCUCCAGGGCCACCGCCACCUAUGCAGUCCCCUCCGCAGCCUGGCUAUCAGCUUCAACAAAAUGGUUCCUUUGGACCCGCUCGAGGCCCUCAACCUAGUUAUGGAAGCCCCUACCCUGGAGCACCCACCUUUGGCAGUCAGCCUGGGCCUCCUCAGCCACUGCCUCCGAAGCGCCUGGACCCUGAUGCCAUCCCAAGCCCACAACUCAAUGAGCUGCCUCCUCAGCAGAAAACCAGGCACAGAAUAGACCCUGAUGCCAUUCCUAGUCCAAUUCAGGUCAUUGAAGAUGACAGGAACAACCGGGGUUCAGAGCCAUUUGUUACAGGAGUCCGGGGCCAGGUGCCACCCCUAGUCACCACCAACUUCCUGGUGAAAGACCAAGGGAAUGCAAGUCCCCGGUACAUCCGAUGUACAUCCUAUAAUAUCCCUUGCACAUCUGACAUGGCUAAGCAGGCUCAGGUGCCUCUGGCAGCUGUCAUAAAGCCGCUGGCAAGGCUGCCCCCAGAGGAGGCUUCCCCCUACGUUGUGGACCAUGGUGAAUCGGGCCCUUUGCGUUGCAAUCGCUGCAAAGCAUAUAUGUGCCCCUUCAUGCAGUUCGUCGAGGGAGGGAGGCGCUUCCAGUGCUGCUUCUGCAGCUGUGUCAAUGAUGUUCCCCCUCACUAUUUCCAACAUCUGGAUCAUACCGGCAAGCGCGUGGAUGCUUACGAUCGUCCUGAGCUAUCCCUGGGCUCUUAUGAAUUCCUGGCCACUGUAGAUUACUGCAAGAACAAUAAGUUUCCCAGCCCUCCUGCCUUCAUCUUCAUGAUUGACGUAUCCUACAAUGCCAUCAGGACUGGCCUUGUUAGGCUCCUCUGUGAGGAGCUAAAGUCACUGUUAGACUUUCUGCCUAGGGAAGGCGGGGCAGAAGAGUCGGCAGUCCGUGUUGGCUUUGUCACCUACAAUAAGGUGCUCCAUUUCUACAACGUGAAGAGCUCAUUGGCCCAGCCACAGAUGAUGGUUGUGUCUGAUGUGGCUGAUGUGUUUGUGCCACUGCUGGAUGGCUUCCUGGUCAAUGUCAGUGAGUCUCGGGCGGUCAUCACCAGCUUAUUGGAUCAGAUUCCAGAAAUGUUUGCAGACACAAGAGAGACGGAAACAGUAUUUGCCCCAGUUAUCCAGGCUGGGAUGGAGGCUCUGAAGGCUGCUGAGUGUGCAGGGAAGCUGUUUCUGUUCCACACAUCCCUCCCAAUUGCAGAGGCCCCUGGGAAGCUGAAGAACAGAGACGACAGAAAGCUGAUCAACACAGACAAGGAGAAGACACUGUUCCAGCCUCAGACAGGCACCUAUCAGACCCUGGCCAAAGAGUGUGUGGCGCAAGGUUGCUGCGUAGAUCUUUUCCUCUUCCCUAACCAGUAUGUGGAUGUGGCCACACUCUCUGUGGUGCCCCAGCUCACUGGUGGCUCUGUCUACAAAUAUGCUUGCUUUCAGGUGGAGAAUGACCAGGAACGGUUCCUGAGGGACCUGCGCCGUGAUGUACAGAAGAUUGUUGGCUUUGAUUCUGUGAUGCGGGUCCGGACCAGCACCGGUAUCCGUGCAGUAGAUUUCUUUGGAGCUUUCUACAUGAGCAACACAACAGAUGUGGAGCUGGCUGGACUGGAUGAGGACAAGACAGUGACUGUGGAGUUCAAGCAUGAUGAUCGACUCAAUGAAGAGAGUGGCGCUCUCCUUCAGUGCGCCCUGCUUUACACCAGCUGUGCAGGGCAGCGUCGGCUCCGCAUCCACAACCUGGCCCUCAACUGCUGCACCCAGCUGGCUGACCUGUAUCGCAACUGUGAGACUGACACGCUCAUCAACUACAUGGCCAAAUUUGCAUACCGGGGAGUCCUCAGUAGCCCUGUGAAGACUGUUCGUGAUGCUCUCAUCACCCAGUGUGCCCAGAUCCUGGCCUGUUACAGAAAGAACUGCGCCAGCCCUUCCUCUGCAGGACAGUUGAUCCUUCCGGAGUGCAUGAAGCUACUGCCAGUUUAUCUGAAUUGUGUGUUGAAGAGUGAUGUCCUGCAGCCUGGAGCCGAAGUCACUACUGAUGACCGUGCCUAUGUCCGACAGCUGGUUACCACCAUGGAUGUGGCUGAGACCAAUGUCUUCUUCUAUCCUCGGCUUCUCCCAUUGACGAAGUCUCCCAUUGAGAGUACCGCAGAACCACCAGCAGUGCGAGCUUCUGAAGAACGUCUCAGCAAUGGGGAUAUAUAUUUGCUGGAGAACGGACUCAAUCUCUUCCUCUGGGUGGGAGCCAGUGUACAGCAGGGUGUUGUCCAGAGCCUUUUCAGCGUCGCCUCUUUCAGCCAGAUCACCAGUGGCUUGAGUGUUCUGCCAGUACUUGAUAAUCCACUGUCCAAGAAGGUCCGAGGUCUCAUCGAUAGCUUAAGGGCGCAGAGAUCACGGUACAUGAAGCUUAUCGUGGUGAAACAGGAAGACAAGCUGGAGAUGCUGUUCAAGCACUUCCUGGUGGAAGACAAAAGCUUAAGUGGAGGAGCAUCCUACGUGGACUUUCUGUGUCAUAUGCACAAGGAGAUUCGGCAGCUACUGAGCUAAAGCAAGAGGGGAAUGACAUAGGGUCUCAGGCCAGCUUCUAGAGAGUAAUCCAGGAUGGCAGAGAAAUUGGGACAAUUCCAUAUCUUAUAAGUCAUGUAAGCUGACCUCAGUCUCUUUGGGGGUAGGGGGAACUCUAAGGAGGCACCUUCUUUCUGGGCUCAAGUAUCCUACCACUCUUGUCAUGUCCUACUGAUGGAAGGUGCCGCCCUCCCCUCACUCUACCCUUCUUUUCCUGCUAAUCCUAUUGUAAUGAAUGUAGUUUCUCAGUCACUGUAUAUGAUUUGGUGUUGGGGGUCUGGCGGUACCCAGACCUCAGCAAUAUUAUGUGUCCUUUGGACCAGCCUCCAAGAGGAGAGAAACAGGCAGGAAGGAAUUGGGGAAUCCCAGGGUUACUAUAGAGGGUGGGGUAAUUCAGCUCAGUGUCAUCAACAACUUCCUAUAUUAGGGAUAAAACAUGCAGGUGCACAAGAGCUGGGGUGUAUAGACCGUAGGUGAUGGAGAGAAAAGGGGUGGGUUAUUCUUGGGCAUGGGCACAGCAGCCAGGUGAGCAUUACUGAGGAUGAGUGACUUCUGCUGCCACUGCGUGCUCUCCCCUGCAAUGAUUGGUGAUCACACUGUGGAUGGAGGCUUGCUGUCAAAAGAUGAAUGAACCUGGGAACCGAGUUGCAAAACUUGCUCACACCUGGGAGAGGUGCCAGCCUCCUUUGCAGCUAGAGAGGCCCAACACUGGAUGGUUCUGGAGGAGAUCUGAUCAUCAACUUGCAAUACCUCACAGAGCCAGCCCAUAUCCCACUCUGAGCGCCCACUGGAAACACUGCUUCUCCAAGCCGGUGGUUGUUGGGGAAGAGAUGCAGAGGUAGUCGGAGUCAUGUUCUCUCCCACCACCACGCCACUGACUCCAGUAACUGAGCGGCUGACAAGUUACCUUCCAACCCCAUGGAGCAGAACAAGGGCUAGGAUUGAUGGUGGCCAGGCUUGCCUGCUCCCAGCCUGGGAUGCCUCUGCUCUGGACCUCUCAUUUCUCUUCAUUGGUUUAUUUUUCAAUGCAUCUUUAAUUUGUAAAGAAAUAAAUUAAGAUGUAACCAGUA